GCGAAACUGCCAAAUGCAACUACCUACCCUAUUUAUUUUGUAAACCAAUAAAAUCGCAAACAAUUAACCUAUACUUUUAAGAAUAUAUAUGAAUAUUAUUCUUCAUUUGUAAUCUCAAAAACUACCUAAAUUCAGUGUAUGUAGAAGACAGUCUAUACGCAAUAUGCCUAAACUUCCCGAUAGAUGGAUAAAAUACAAUGCUUGCGGACGGGUAAUAGAAGGCACAAGAAUUAUCUGUUUUAAAGUACCUCUAUCAAAGAGUCAACAAGUUCAAAAAUCACAGGUGAAAAAAAUAUGGGACAUUCCGGCGCUUCUAGAGGCGAUACCCAAACUCGGUGCAGUCAUAGAUUUGACAAAUACCGAUAAAUAUUAUAAACCUGAGGAUGUAAAGGCUGCAGGUAUUUUACAUAAAAAAAUCAUAAUGCCCGGUCGAAUUUUGCCACCCGAAAACAAAGUGAAAGAAUUUAUGGAUGCCGUCGAUGAUUUCCUGGGAAAAGACUCCGAUAUCCUGUUAGGGGUGCACUGCACGCACGGAUUAAACCGCACGGGUUAUAUGGUGUGCCGAUAUAUGAGGGAUCGCCUCGGAAUGUCGGGAAAGGAGGCUAUUAAAAAAUUCGAAAGAGCACGUGGCUAUGCCAUUGAAAGGAUAGUUUACACAUCCGAUUUAUUGAAGCAAAAUCCCGCUAUUGACAAAGAGCGGACUAACAGCAAAUCGGCUACAAAGAGACGUCACGACUUUGAAUACAGAUCACCUUUAGCUGAAGAGUACGAAACUGAAACAACUAGAAGAAGGUAUCGUUAGUCCUGCAUAAUAUUAGAAAUGAAUUUUGACAUAGAUAAUUUGAAUUUGACUAUCUGUAAAUAUUGGAUAUUAUUUAUUGUGAGUACAACCAAUGAAAAAUGCAAGUCUACUUUGUACAAAAUUCAAUGUACUAAUAUACGUCUUAUGUACGAACUUAAAGCAUAAUCACUGACGCUUCAAUAUGUAGGUUCAUUUAAGUAUUACAUUUUCACUUCUCUGUUUGUUUUUUUAAAAUAUAAAACUGUGUAUUUCAAAAUUAUUUAUUAAUAACAAAAAGCUUAUCAAUAACUAUUAAACUAAAGCAAAAAGAGAAAAGGUAUUUACGUAUACAUUAGAAUUGAAAUAGAAAUUUUCAUAUACAUUUUUUUCAAAUAUACAAAUUGAAAC